AUGGAGCCAAGGAGCAAUUUUGAAGAUUUGAUAACUUUCAUCAAGAGUUCUCAUAGAGAGCACACAGCCUUGAUUGAUGAGAGAUUGGAGUCAGCCUUCACUAGAUUGAAUGAGAAGUUGGAUUCUAUUUCUUCUUUCACAAGAGACUUGGAUCUUAGAGUUGCCAACAUAGCCAGCUCUAUUAAGAGAGAAGAAGGUGUGCUACCAGGAAAAGUGGAAAUCAAUCCAAGGAGAGCAGCUGUAGCAGCUAUCACUCUUAGGAAUGGAAAAGGGUAUGAGCCACCAGCAUACCCAGAUCAAGAGGAAGCAAAGCCGCCAGUCAAGAAGAAACCAAUGGAAAUAGAACCAGGAACUCAGGAGGAAGUGGAGAAGCCACCUGAAGAACCAAGAGUGUAUGAGCCAAAGAUCCCAUACAGAAAUGUUCUUUCUCAACCCAAGAAGGAGAAGGAGCAAGCAAAGCUCAAGGAUCUUGUUAGCCAACUUUCAGUAAGGUUACCUUUCAUUGAUGCUUGCCAAAUAAUUCCAUCUCUCAGGAAGUAUAUGAAGGCCAUACUCACAAGCAAUGUGAGUCUUGAAGAAGGAGCAAUGAUGAUUACAAAGGAGUGUAGUGCCAUACUUCAGAAUCGCAUGCCAGAGAAGCUGAACGACCCGGAGUUUUGUUUUGUCUUGCAAGAUCGGUUCUACACACUUCCAUAG